GGACUGGCCUUUGCGGACAUCUGCGCGACGCUGAUUGGGCCUGGCCGUCAAGCCAUGCGGGACCCGGAGCAUCGCUCUCGAGCACGUCAUCGCCAGAAUCUCGAGCCAAAUGCCGCCAUUUGAUGGCUGCGGUGGGCCGCUCCCAGUCUUUUUUUUCUGUUCUGUGGAGCAUUGCCGAGUAAUAGCUGCUGCGAAUUGCGACUCCACGGGCCAGUUUUCCCAUGGGCAGCCUGGCUAGUGGGGAGUGGUGGUGUAUAUCGAGGCGAGACAGGCACAUCAUCCUACGAGGCUGCUUACGGGAUCACCAAUGUGCCAGGCGUGUCUCUACGGAUUGCCCUUGGGACUGCAAAUGUACCUUUUCUGGGCCAUGGAUCGUUGGCGUUUUAGCAUCUCCGGCACGACCCCAGAGGAGAAAAAGCAUUUAUAGUCUGGCGUUGAGACGCCCGCCCCCAUCCAUACUCUUCUUCCUCUUUCCUCUCUCUCUCUCCCUCUGUCUCUCCUUCUCUGUGACUCUUCCAUCUUGUCUUGUCGUUCUCACUCCCUGUUCUUUUGCUAUCCUUGGGCUUGCUUGCUUCCGUCGUCGCCGUCUUCUCCCUUCCACCAGAGCCUGUUGCGUGACUGGUCGUGCCGUUGACACCAUUUUGCCCUCCCAAGCUUGACCACCCCACCAUCGUCAUAAUGGCCAACACUCCCCACGGCGGCGUCCUCAAGGACCUCUUUGCCCGCGAUCUGCCUCGCCAGGCCGAGCUGCUUGCGCAGUCCGAGACUCUCCCCGCGCUUGUGCUGUCCGAGCGCCAUCUCUGCGACUUGGAGCUCAUCCUCAAUGGCGGCUUCUCGCCCCUAGAAGGUAUGUC